UACAUUACGCGAAGCCACACAAGAAGCAGAUUUCACACGGGCGAUAUCGAUGCAGAUGACCUCAACAUCUGCAUCCUUUGCGAAGACACUCAACCACCAUUGGACGACCCUGCUGAUGAAGACGUUAUGGAAAGAGCGGUUGUACUUUGGUGGUGCUGUACGAGCUGUCAAGCAUGGGCACACAGGGACUGCAUGCGAUAUAGAGACUGCCCUGUGUGCGAUGGAGUAUUUGAGCCUACGGGCAAGUUUACUUGAAAAUUGUAAAUAAUU